GAAGCUUUCAAUGAGGUUACCAGCUCUCGGGGCUGUUUGAUCAGAAGACGACGACGGUACAUGCGACAAAACCAUGUCGGCGAAGACGUCCAUGUAUGGUGCCAAACCAGCUGAUGACAAAGACGUAUUCGAGUCACAUUGUGGAGUCGGAUCAUGUCGUCCUCAAGCUAUGCAAUGUUUUAAAAAUGUGUUAUCAUUUUCCAUGUUCUACGGCUUGGCAUCCAUGAUAACACAGUCGUUGAGUGUUUACAUUGUCUCUCAAGUAACAGCUUUGGAAAAGCAGUUCAAUCUGAACAGUACGACAACUGGCAUUAUCCUUGGCUGCAAUGACAUUGGUUUUCUCUGCACCGUUCUUUUCGUUAGUCAUUUUGGGAGCUACCGUCAUAUUCCCCGAAUCCUCUCUCUCUCCUGCCUGCUGUUUGGCGUAUCUGGUAUUUUCGCAAGUAUGUGUCACUUCUUUAAUCCCUACCAGUUACCCAAGCUUUCAACGGAGAAUGUUCUGAAUUCAUCGGUGGAACAGAGGCUCGUGACCCCUCUGUGUGACCCAGCCAACGUGACGUCGGGUGGGUGUGGCGAGGAGGGUGUGGCCAGUGGGUCUGGCGGGCCACAAUGGAUAGUGUGGUUGUUAGGGGGCAGUAUGGUUCUUCAAGGAAUUGCAAAAUCGCCCCGAAGUUCUCUGUCAACCACUUACAUCGAUGACAACAAUCUCAUAAAGACCAAAUCCGGAAUUUAUAUUGGUAUUAGCAUGACGAUGCAGUUUCUAGGUCCUGCAAUGGCGGUGGCACUAGGAGGAGUUUUCAGGACCAUCCCUGUUGAUCUGCAAGACACAGAGUUGACACCAAGACACCCCAAAUGGAUUGGAGCAUGGUGGCUUGGCUUUCUCUUGUUCGGCUGCUUGGGUGUCGUCAUUGCAAUACCUUUACUGUUCUUCCCGAAGCACAUUGUUCCUCCCAAAGAAAAGCAAUCGCCAAAAGAGGACGUUCCCAUGAAAGAGAAAAUAAAAGAACUACCCCGGUCUAUGUCCCGUGUGUUGAGGAGUCCUGUCUACAGCCUCACGCUGGUUGGCGUGCUCUUCCUGCUGUUUCUCGUGGGCGGAGGCCAGUCCUUCUCAUCCAAGUAUGUGGAGAAGCAAUUCAUGGUGCCCGCGUCCAAAACAAACAUCAUCCUAGGGGUACAGACUCUCAUCAGCGCCACAGUCGGGACCUUCAUUGGGGGACUUCUGACGAGUCGUCUGAAACUGACGCGAGCUGGUUGCCUCAAGUUUACCCUCUUCACGCUGCUUGUGGCGAUAUGUUGCAGUGUUGUUAUGUGUUUCCUCGGCUGUGAUACGCCAAAAAUUCACGGUUUCCAUGACAGCAAGGGUAUCAUCACUUUCGACGACGGCAUCAGCGUGUGUUCGUGCGACAGCACCAAUUACUUUCCAGUCUGCGGGGACGACGGGAUGACAUACUUCUCCCCUUGUUUCGCCGGCUGCACAAACCAAACUCUGUCGAAAUAUGGAGGCUGUAGCAAGGUGGAGAGCGGUCAGACAACGGCAGGAAUGUGUGUCAGCGACUGCCCCUACCUCUACUACUACAUAGCCGUCGACAUGGUCCAGAAGCUGAUAGGGACCAUGGCCGUCAUGCCGAUGUACAUGACCCUCAUCAGGAGCGUUGAGGGCAAGGACAAGGCGACGGCGUUUGGACUGUUUUCGUUUCUGGCAUCCCUGCUUGGAUUCCUUCCGGCUCCCAUCGUGUUCGGCUACGUCAUUGACGGUACAUGCCUUAUUUGGGAGAGGUCAUGUGGCAUCAGAGGUGCGUGCUCACAGUACGACCUGGAAUCUCUGCGACUCCGACUGAAGACAACGGAAAGUGCUGGGAGAGCUGUCAGCAUGCUGUUCUUCGGUAUCGCCUUCGCUGUGCUUAAGUUUCAAGGUGGCGACAAACCCACUGACGAAACCCGCGAACUGCCGGACAAAAUGGCCACGAAAACAGAGUCGUCGGCCCUGUGAAUAUACAUGUCUACACGUUAGUGUUGUGGCAGUUUACUCAGAAAAACUGUGAAUCUGUCAAUCUUGAUUCAAGCAUUUAUUUAAAUUAAGGCCAUUCGAUUCAUGACUAUACCCUGUUACAGUUUCCAGUGGGCAUUCAAGGCCCUCAGCUUUACAUGCACAUCUACUUCAGGUUAAGGUUAUUUUGAAGUAUAGACAAUCAUCCGUUUAACCGAGGUGGAGUUGUGGAUGAUUAAAAGGAUUAAAAUAGUGUAGUUGUUUAUGCUUUAAAGUAUUAAAUACACAAUUAUCGACUAUUAUGCGAAGUAAAAAACUACAUCGUAUCCCUUUAGCGAAUUCGAUGAAAACAGAUUAUAACAAACUUAGUCAAUAAAAAAAAUGAAGUUUGAGAUCACUAGGCAUCAUGAUUCGGUUUAUUCUCAGGAACGCGGCGCCUCCAAGGGUGUACAAACAAAACGCUAAAACGGUUCACCUCUUGGCCAGGUAACCAAUUAACUUGAGCAAUGGCCAUGAUGUGUUUAUUUAAGGAUUAGGGAGAGUUGAAAAAUAGGAAUGAGGAAAGAACGAACUAUACACCAGUUACAGUUAUUUGAUUUUAAUUUAAGAAUACCCUGAAAUACAUCAAUUUUAAGACCGCCACCGUGUUCUUGUGGUAGAGCGUCCGCCCGAUCCCCGACCGCGUCAUGCCAAAAGACGAUGAAAUAUGAUAUUUGUUGUUACCCUGUCUGGCACUCGGCAUUAGGGGCUAAAACAAGGACUU